AUGCACGUGCAGGAAAACCGUCCAAUCCCGGAACCAGGUCCCAAUGAGGUCCUCCUGCGAAUGCAUUCUGUUGGGAUCUGUGGGUCCGACGUUCACUACUGGCAGCAUGGUCGAAUUGGGGAUUUUGUCGUGAAGGACCCUAUGGUGUUGGGGCAUGAAGCUUCCGGGACUGUUGUCAAAGUGGGAUCAGGAGUGACUCAUCUGAAACCAGGUGAUCGAGUGGCCAUUGAGCCUGGAGUCCCAAGAGAAAUGGAUGAGUUCUGCAAAACUGGACGCUAUAACCUGUCUCCAACCAUCUUCUUCUGUGCAACGCCUCCCGAUGAUGGGAACUUGUGCCGCUACUACAAGCACAGUGCCAGCUACUGCUACAAGCUUCCAGAUAAUGUCACCUUUGAAGAAGGAGCCCUUAUUGAGCCCCUUUCCGUGGGAAUCCACGCCUGCAGAAGGGCAGGAGUCACUCUGGGAAGCAAAGUCUUUGUUUCUGGCUCUGGACCAAUUGGCCUUGUUAACGUGCUUGUUGCUAAGAUGAUGGGCGCAGCGGCUGUGGUAAUUACGGAUUUAUCUGCCUCUCGCCUGCAAAAAGCCCAGGAGGUGGGGGCAGAUUUCACCAUUCAGGUGACGAAUGAGACCCCGCAGGAGGUGGCCUCCAAGGUGGAAAGUCUGCUUGGCUGCAUGCCUGAGAUAACUGUGGAGUGUACGGGAGUGCAAGCCUGCAUCCAGGCUGGCAUUUACGCCACUUGUUCUGGUGGGACCUUGGUGCUGGUGGGGCUGGGGCCUGAGAUGGUCACUGUGCCCAUUGUGAAUGCCGCUGUGCGGGAGGUGGACAUCCGGGGGAUAUUCCGCUACUGCAACACGUGGCCCGUGGCAAUUGCUCUGCUUGCAUCCAAGCGAAUCAACGUCAGGCCCUUGGUUACGCACCGCUUCCCCCUGGAAAAGGCUCUUGAGGCGUUCGAGACCACCAGGAGGGGCGAGGGGGUCAAAGUCAUGCUGAAGUGUGACCCCACUGACCACAACCCCUGAAGAUGCCACGGUGCCCAGCCCUCUCCCCCGUUACACCGCCUGCCUGAGAUGCGAAGCAUGAGGCC